GAUUAUGAAAGUCAGGCAAGAGACCUCGGCGGAAAGAGAAGAGAGAUAAAGCACAAAUUGUCUGGCCAUUGUUUUGAAGUUUUCGCGGUCAUACCCUCAAAUUUCACCUCCUUGUUCAUCUUCACACUGUCAAUUUCUUUACCAAUACCAAAUUCUUCAAUCUCUCCCCUAAUUCCCCCCACCCUCUUUCUCACUCAUCUGCUGCUUCUCCAUUCUCUUUGUCGAUUGAUUGUUCGUUCUACUUGUUACCGCGUUUCGAUCGGUUAGAUCUGGUAAUUCGCAGCCAAACAGUCAAGUAUGGCUCCCACGAGAAAGUCGAGGAGUGUUAAUAAGCGUUUUACCUAUCCGAAUGAGAUCUCUCCUAUCAAAGAUGGAGAUAGUGCCAAUAAGAAUAAUAAGCGGAAGAGGAAGGUAUCUGAUAUGUUAGGGGCUCAGUGGAGCAAAGAAGAGCUUCAACGUUUCUAUGAGUCAUAUCGCAAGUAUGGGAAAGACUGGAAAAAGGUGGCUGCAUCUGUGCGUAACCGGUCUAUGGAAAUGGUCGAGGCCCUUUAUACUAUGAACAGGGCUUACUUGUCUCUUCCAGAGGGAACAGCUUCUGUUGUUGGAUUAAUAGCAAUGAUGACUGAUCAUUAUUCUGUCCUGGAAGGAAGUGAUAGUGAACAAGAGAGCAAUGAUGGUGUUGGAAUACCUCGAAAGCCUCAUAAGCGUACGCGUGGAAAAGUACAACCCAACCCGGCUAGGAACUUGUCAGAUGUACCACAGUCUCAAUCGGUUGCUUCAAGUUAUGGUUGUUUGUCACUGUUAAAGAAAAAGCGUUCUGGUGGAAAUCAACCUCGAGCAGUUGGAAAAAGGACGCCUCGCAUCCCUGUAAGAUACACUUAUGAUAAAGAUAGCAUAGGAAGGUAUAUUUCCCCUGUCCAGCAGGGGCCAAAGUCAAAGUUAGAUGCUGAUGACGAUGAUGUUGCUCAUGAGGUAGCAUUGGCAUUGGCUGAGGCAUCCCACAGGGGUGGUUCCCCUCAGGUUUCUCAGACGCCAAACAAAAGAAGAGCAACUGCUUCAAAAUCACCUGGGGGGUUGGGUGAAAGAGUGUGUUCAGAAUCAGAAAUGACAAGCGCCAAAAAUGCUGGAAACGAAGUUGAUGAUGAUGGGUGUGAAGGAAGUUUGGGAAGCACGGAAGAAGAAAAUAAUUUUUCCAGGGUGAAACCUCAUUCUGGUGGUAGGCAAGGUGCUGGUUCAUUUAUUCAACAGAAAGCAAAGAAGUCUUAUGAGAAGAAAGUAGAAGUUGAAGAUACCAGGCACCAAUAUGGGGAUGAUAUAAAGGAAGCCUGCAGUGGUACUGAAGGAGGACAAAGGUUCAGCAGUUUUGACUUAAAACUUGGAUCUGAGAGUGGAGAUGUGACUUUUCCUCGAUCAUCAGGCCAGGCCUCUAAGAAGAGGAGCAAAAAGGUCCUAUUUGGUGGAGAUGAAGGUGUAGCCUUGGAUGCCCUGCAAGCUUUAGCUGAUUUGUCGUUCAUGAUGCCGUCUUCCACAGCAGAAGCAGAGUCAACUGCGCUACUUAAGGAAGAAAAAGAAAGAGAUUUUGACAAAUACAGGCCACAGGACACCAUACCUUCAAGUCAGAGGGGGAAACCUAAAGCUUCACCAUCUAAGAAGAGAGGAGAUCAUUUAGUUCUUGACACUCAAGUUUCCGAGUCCAAACAAAUCAAACCAGGAAAAGCUUCUGUCACUGGUUCUACUCCUGGAGCUGUAAAAAAAGACCUGCUCUUACGGAAAAGAAAACCAAAGCCCUCUGUGUCUAAAAAUGUGACCUCAGAGGUUCAAAUGGAUGCAGGUGCUAAUGUUGUUCAGGAAAACGAGGUUUCAGAUCAGGGUAUAAAGUCAGUUAAUAAAAGUCGACGUGUUUCAAAUCAUGCUUCCCAGCAGCAGCUUGGACAUUUGGUCAGGAUUUCAGAACAUUCUUCUUCAAGUACUGAUAUUAGAAGGGAUGGAGAUGAUUCAGCAGUGUCAUCUGUACACGCUUCUGAAACAACCAAGGCCAAUGGGUCGACCAAAUCUAGGGCCAGACGUAAAGUGGACAAAUCACAGAUCCAUAGGUCAGACAUUUUUGUUAAUGAACAACCUAACAAAUCUGGGCAGCCAUACCAUGAUAAGACAGUUUACCUCAAGGAAAACCUUUGUAGUUGCUUGUUGAACCACCGUGUCAGGAGAUGGUGUGUGUAUGAGUGGUUUUAUAGUGCAAUUGACUACCCUUGGUUUGCUAAAAGUGAGUUUGUUGAGUAUUUGUAUCAUGUGGGUUUGGGUCACGUCCCAAGACUUACCCGUGUUGAAUGGGGUGUCAUUAGAAGUUCACUUGGAAAACCACGGAGAUUUUCGCAGCAAUUUCUGAAGGAAGAAAAGGAAAAACUAAAUUACUACCGUGAAUCAGUUAGGAGUCACUAUACUGAAUUACGCAUGGGAAAAAGAGAAGGACUUCCAACUGAUUUAGCUCGCCCCUUAACAGUUGGCCAGCGUGUUAUUUCUAUUCAUCCGCGGUCAAGAGAAAUUCAUAAUGGAAAUGUAUUGACGGUCGAUCAUAAUAGAUGCCGGAUUCAGUUUGACAGGCCUGAACUAGGAGUAGAAUUUGUUAAGGAUAUCGAUUGCAUGCCGUUAAAUCCGGUGGAAAAUAUGCCUACAUCUCUUCAGAGACACAAUGUUGCUUUUGAUAAGUUCUAUGAGGCUUUAAAGCAGUUCAAAGUUGACAGACCAGAAGAUAGGAUGAAGGAAGAAAUAACAAAAUUGACCCAAGGCCAAAAAGGGGAAAAUGCUGAGGGCACCUCAAAUGUCGCUCCUUUUUAUCUAAUGACUAAUCUGUCAAAGCAGGCAAAGGAGGGUUUUGUAAGUCCAAGUUUACAUGAGAAGGUUGGACAUAGUGAUGUCAUGAGUCCUCAACAAGCACUGACUCAGCAAUCUGCUCUUUCCCAGUUGCAAGCAAAGGAGGCAGAUAUCCGUGCUUUGGCUGAGCUUUCCCGUGCUCUUGAUAAAAAGAAUGCCCUGGUGACUGAACUAAAACGCAUGAAUGAUGAUGUUUAUGAAGACAUGUCUCUCAAAGAUGUAGAUUCUUUUAAGAAACAAUAUGCAGCAGUGCUGGUGCAGUUAAAUGAAGUGUUGGACCAGGUUUCGUCGGCCUUGAUGUGCUUGAGGCAGAGAAACACUUAUCAGGGGAACUCUCUUGUUCCUUGGCAGAAGACAAAGGCAAGUUUGGACGAUCAUGGGAGCAUAGUAAGCUCCUUAAAUUGCUUGCCAUGUGAUUCUCAAGGGGCAGGUUCACAUGUAUGUGAAAUCGUUGAUACUUCAGUAAUCAAAGCCCGAAAGAUGGUAGAUGCAGCAGUUCAGGCCGUAUCCUCACUCAAUGCUGCAGCAGAUUCCAUCCAAAAAAUUGAAGAGGUAGUAGACUUUCUCAAUAACCGGCUAUUGGUUGAUGAUUCUAGGAUGUCAGUGCAGACCACUCAACUGACUGGAAGUUCAACUCGUCAGAAUCAGCCAAGUCCGUGCACAUUAAACGUGGUGGCUUCUCAGCAAGCACUUGAUUCCAGGUCAAAUGGAGCAGUUGCACAAUGUGAGGCACAAAUUCCAUCAGAGCUCGUUGCAAAUUGUGUUGCCACACUGCUGAUGAUACAAAAAUGUACAGCGCGUCAGUUCCCACCAGCUGAGGUUGCGCAAAUAUUAGAUCUUGCUGUCACAAGUUUACAGCCAUGCUGUUCACUGAACAUUCCAAUAUAUGCAGAGAUACAGAAAUGCAUGGGAAUCAUUCGGAGCCAGAUAUUGGCGCUUGUACCUACUUAGAUGACUCUACUUUGAAAUUUGUAUCCAAUGUAAAUCUAAAAGCUGUAGAUGUAAAUUCAUAAAUAUUAGUCCGAGCCAAAUCUCCUGUAUGUUCUCAAUUUAUCGUAAUUAUAUGUUGUAUAUGAAUCAUAAAUUAACAUUUGGUUCAAUAUAUUCAUGUGCAAUUUAGCACUUCCACGACCA